AUGGUCUAUCCUUGGUCCCAGGAUUUUUCGGUAUUGGCCAUCUCAAAUCGGUGUCUUCCAGACCAUAUCCGACCAUCUACUCGAGUGCUUUAUGCAAUAAUCCUGACUGGCUUUCGAAAUAUUCCAAUGGACUCUGCUCUGAAAGACGAAUGUCAAGCAAUAAACGCAAUCUACUCUGAGUCCACUCUACUCGUUCUUUCCCAGAGCCCCACCAUUUGCUCCCUCGAACUUCCCGGAGAAGUCGGUAUAUCACUACGCCUCGAGUUUCCGACAGAUUAUCCAGAUGCACCUCCUUCAAUCCUCGGUACGCAAUCAGUGGGCGAGAACAUUGCAAAAGGUCAAGGUACCCACGCCGUCGACAUUGCACGUUCCGUCCUCGCUGAAGUAUACCAACCCGGUUCGCCAUGUAUAUUCGACCUCGUGGAAGAAGUCAGUCAGAGACUUCAGCAGCACGAAGAGGAAGCCAGCCAAAAUCAAAGGCAUCAAGAGCAACAAGAUGCUCAAAGGAGAGGUCAGCACGAGGAAAGCCCCGACGACGACACAGAUCCUGACGAUAUGCAGUCGUUAGAUCUGCUGGACAAGGAACCACCAUGGAUUCUGUCCGAUGUGUUUACGGAAAAGAAAUCAGUCUUUGUUGCUAGAGCUGCUGCUGUGAGUUCGCCUGGGGAAGCGAAAUCGUAUCUGGCGCAUUUACUUGCUACGGAUAAAAAGGUCGCCAAAGCUACGCAUAACAUUACUGCUUGGCGGAUUCAUGGACCUAACGAGACGGCUUUCCAGGACUGCGAUGAUGAUGGAGAGACUGCUGCUGGUGGCAGGCUACUACAUCUCAUGCAGUUGAUGGAUAUCUGGGGUGUGAUGGUGGUUGUCACGAGAUGGUAUGGUGGUGUUCAAUUAGGACCUGAUCGAUUUAGGUUGAUCAAUACUGCCGCCCGAGAUGCCUUCGUGAAAGGCGGAUACGUCAGAGAUGCCACAAAACCAGAAGCUGGUAAUAAGAAAAAAGGCAAGAAGUAG